AAAAAAAACUCGAUCUAAUCUGACCUCCUCGCCUAAAUCCUGCCUAGCCUAAGCCACCUCCUCCCGUUCAACCCUAGUCCGCCAAUGGCCUCGGACGUCGACUCGCCCCCUUCCCGCCUUGGCUCCGACCCCGUUUCCGAUCCCCUCCCCCUCGCCGAGCGACGUACCGGCUUUCUUCGGCCGCCACCGCCGCGGCGGAUGGAACCUUCGCCUCCUACACCCGACAGGUUCGAGGCUAGCCCGGCCCCGGAGGGUACAGGUGGAGCGGCCUCGCAGACUUGGCCAGGGUUACCAAGAGGUGUAGAAUUUAAUCCUAGCGAUAGUGAUCUUGUAUGGCAUCUGGCUGCAGAAAUUGGGAAUGGCCUGGCUCAUCGCCAUCCAUUCAUCAGUGACUUUAUUAGAUCUACUGAUGAAGAUGGAGGAUUUUGCUGCACCCAUCCUAAAGAUAUACCGGGUAUGAGGCAGGAUGGACACGCAUCAUACUUUUUUCAUAAAAAGUUGAAGUUAUACAACAAUGAGAAUGGGAAAUAUAUCUGCUGGCAAAAAAGUGGAGCCUCUAGAUCAAUAAUCUUGGAUGGGAGUCUGCAAGGUUGCAUGGAAGUGUUUGUCUUGUACGCCUUCAAGAAGAGUGAUAACAGCCCUCAAAGAACUGACUGGAAACUGCAUCAAUAUCAUAUAAAAAACACAAUGGAGGAUGAAGGCGAACUAGUGGUUUCAAAGAUAUUCUACAAGUCAGAAAAACAUUGUUGUGAAUGGGCUGCAAAAGCUCCUGUUCAAUGUGCACAGGAUGAUUCGGUGACUGAAAAUGAUUCCAAAGAAGACAACGUUGAGGCACAAUUGGAAAAUUGUUCUGUUAAUAUGGCCACUGACGGUAAUUUUGUUGAAGGUGAUGGAAACAAUCAGGAACAGCUGCUGAUCGAGAUGUAUCCUGAUCAGGACAAACUAAGUUUCUCCAAAGAUGUUUUGGAUACCACAUAUAUUAACCAUGAAAACCAGAUUAAUGAUCAUACUGAAACUGAUCUAGAUCACAUAUCUCUGCAAGAGCGCUACAGGAUCCUUCUAGCAGAGAAAAAUUCUCUAUCUGCUAUGGUAUCUGCUGAAAAGUGUGUUAUGAAUGAUUCGGAGAAUACAUCCAGGCAAAUGGGUGCCGAAACAAGUAGGUUAGUUUCUAAAAGUGAGAGUGAGAAAAUAUAUCAUGAAGGAACUGCCUACAGGGAAGAUAUAUGUAGCAUCUUGCAGGAAAUUUCUUCUGCGCCGCCUAUCACAGAUAGUAUGGACACUGACAACAAUAUGUGGUUGAUGGGUGAAAUUCCUCAAGACAACGAAAUAUCUUCGAUGGAAUGUUUAGCCGGUAACAAUGAAAUUCCUCAUGAUCCAGCUGAGGAUACUGAAUGUCCAGUAAAUGGCAAGAAUCUUAAUUCUAGUGUUGAGCUGCUACCAAGUCAAACACCAACUGGUGGCGAUGAAAAUGCUCACUUGGCAGUGAGAAAUGCUGGGUCCUAUUUGGUUGAUGUUAAAAGGGAAACUGCAUUGGAGGGCUAUGAGAUUAAUGCUUCUGAAUAUCCUCGGGCAAAUGGUACUCAUGCUGCAGGCUCACCAUCUUUAGGAGUGAAAAGUGAAGUAACCGGGUGUGAAUUCCCUGGCUUAUGUGAGAAUAACUCUAUCAAUGCAUUCGAGCCGAUUGUGAACAAAACUCAUGCCAGGACUCUAAACCACAACGGCGGCCUUGCAUACUGUUCUCAUCAAAGGAAAAAGAGGAAAAUUGCAACGGAUUCAAGCAAAAAGGUACUUGAAGAAGAUGCUUACAGAAAUGACGAGAAUAUUGCUUACCCUUCCAGGCGAAGGAGGAAGAAGAAAACCGCAACGGAUUCAAUUGAAAAAGCUCUUGAAGAAGAUGCUCCAGGACUUCUGCAGAUUCUUAUGGACAGAGGAAUAAUGGUCAAAGAGAUUAAACUUUAUGAUGUUGAAGAAGAUGAUGAAAUGCUUCCGGACUGCACAGAAAGUGAUUUUCAAGACCUUGAAAAUGUGAUUACAAAAUUGUUUCCACCGAGAGUAUCCUUGUUGAAGUCCACAGCCAGACAUCUGAAGGGAGAAAAGGCUAUUUACUGCUUAGCUUGUUUAAUUUCUCUCAUUGAGCAGUCGCGUUAUCUUCAGUUCCGUGAUUGUCCUGUGGAGUGGGGAUGGUGCAGAGAUCUGCAAUCCUUUGUUUUUGUAUUUAGAAGCCACAAUAGGCUAGUUCUCGAGCGCCCUGAAUAUGGUUAUGCAACUUACUUCUUUGAAAUUGUGCAAUCGGUGCCAAUAGAAUGGCAGAUCCGAAGGCUGGUUGUUGCUAUGAAGCUUAGUAGCUGUGGCAGGACAGCUCUUAUUGAAAACAGGCCACUAUUGGUCGGCGAAGAUUUAACAGAAGGCGAGGCACAUGUUUUGGAAGAAUACGGUUGGAUACCAAACACUGGGCUUGGCACAAUGCUAAACUACCGUGAUCGGGUAGUUCAUGAUAGGUGGAAUGAGAAAUAUAGCACAGAUUGGAAGAUGAAGAUAGGAAAGCUUCUAAUGAAUGGAUAUUCUGAGGGGCAAUUGAUCAUAACUCAUAAUCCGCUGAAACUGGAGACAUUGCCAGAAGAUUCAGAAGAUAUCAAGUUGGAGGAUCCUUUUUGAGAUACCUGCAGAGCCACCUGUCCUCUCAGCAGGAGUGGCUCGUAAGAAACAUGUAGAGGGUAUCUCUUUGUGCCUGUAUAUAUGUUCAACAUAUUCGUAUAACAGGUGCUGGUAUGAUCAGGUAAGGUAGGCUGCGUCGUGAAUAUAUACACACCUUAGGGGCGGUUAGGCCAUAGGGUGAAUGAGGAAGACUAGCUACUAUCGUUGAGCUGGAAUGUUGUAAUGUAUCCUGGUUCUGGAAUAAGUGUACAUGGCCUGCUAGUAAUCUAGCAAGUGUAACAAGUGCCGUUUGUAUUUGUUCGUCUAGCGGCAUAGAUAAACAUUCCCUGCGUUUCUUGUUUUAGGUACAGAAGAUGAUUCAUAGUGAUAUUCUUUAAUGUAUCCUGACCAUGCUAUUGUUUAUUUGUAUCAUGAUAUUGUUAACUUUUUUAUUGUACUUUUCCAGAGUUAUACACGAA